AUGGCGAUAGAGAGCCACUCUCUGGAUUCCAGCUGUCAGUCGAACCCACCCAUGAACGUCCUUCAGGAACUGCCAAGCUACCGGUCCAUCGCGCGGAGAAGGAGCACCGUCACUAACAGAGACAAGCCGAGGGGCGCGCUGCUGAAGCCCACGGACUCUAACCAUGCCACCCUCGAGGGAGAGGUCACUGAGCACCUCAGCAGCCAGUCCAUUCGGAAGUAUGCCCUGAACAUCUCUGAGAAGCGGAGGCUAAGGGACAUUCAAGAGACCCAACUGAAGUACUUAUCAGAGUGGGACCAGUGGAAACAGUACAGCAGCAGGUCCUGGAAGAGGUUUUUGGAGAAAGUCCAUGAGAUCACAGCCCACCUGGAGCUCUGGCAGGAAGACAUCCGCAGCAUUGAAGGGAAGUUUGGCACUGGGAUCCAGUCCUAUUUCUCCUUCCUGCGGUUCCUGGUGUUUCUGAAUUUGGUGAUCUUUCUCAUCAUCUUUCUGCUGGUUUUGCUCCCGUUCUUGCUCACCAAAUACAAGAUCACCAACAGCACUUUUAUCUUCAUUCCAUCCAGAACUGUGGAUAUACAGUGUAGAAUAUAUCCAGUUAGCAGGUCUGGCCUCAUUUACUUCUACAGUUAUAUCAUAGACUUGCUUUCUGGCACUGGUUUUUUGGAGGAUACCUGCCUAUUUUACGGACAUUACACGAUUGAUGGGAUACAAUUCCAGAACUUCACCUACGGUCUGCCUCUGGCUUAUUUGGUAAGCACUGUUGCUUACCUGGCCCUGAGUCUUCUGUGGAUAGUAAAAAGUUCUGUGGAAGGGUUCAAAGUCAACCUGGUUCGGAGUGAGGAGCACUUCCAGAGUUAUUGCAACAAAAUCUUUGCCGGCUGGGACUUCUGCAUCACCAACCAAAGCAUGGCAGACCUGAAGCACAGCAGCUUGCAGUACGAGCUCCGAGCAGACCUGGAGGAAGAGCGAAUACGGCAGAAGAUAGCAGAAAGGACCUCAGAAGAAACGAUACGGUUUUACUCUUUACGACUGUUUUUGAACGGCAUUGUCCUGGCUGUUUUAGCAGGCUGCUUUUAUUCAAUCUAUAAAGCAACUGUAUUUUCCCAAGAACACAAGAAAAAAGAGAUUAGAAUGAUGGUUUUGGGAGAGAACCUUCUUAUCCAGUAUCUGCCAUCUAUUGUGAUCACGCUGGCCAAUUGUAGCACCCAGGUGAUCUUUGCCAAGAUCAUCCACUAUGAGGAUUAUUCCCCAGGCUUUGAGGUCCGGCUGACAAUCCUUAGGUGUGUCUUCAUGCGCCUGGCUACCAUCUGCGUGCUGGUCUUCACCCUGGGCACCAAGAUUACGUCCUGUGAUAACCCCUCAUGCGACCUCUGCGGCUACAACCAGAAGCUCUACCCGUGUUGGGAGACCCAAGUUGGACAGGAAAUGUACAAGCUGAUGAUCUUCGACCUCAUCAUCAUCUUGCUUGUGACCGUGUUUUGGGAUUUUCCUAGAAAACUCCUGGUAACCUACUGUUCCUCCUGGAAGAUGAUUAAGUACUGGGGGCAUCAGGAAUUUUCCAUUCCUGAAAAUGUUCUGAGCAUCGUUUAUGGGCAGACCAUUUGCUGGAUUGGAGCCUUCUUCUCCCCUCUUAUUCCUGCAAUUGCAGUGGUAAAAUACGUCAUCAUCUUUUAUGUGAAAAAGGCGUGCCUUAUUUACACCUGCAGACCCUCUCCGAGGCAGUUCCGCGCUUCUAAUUCCAAUUUCUUCUUCCUGUUGGUGUUGUUGAUUGGGCUGUGUUUAGCCAUCAUAACUCUGACCAUCAGCAUGGCACGCAUCCCUUCCUCCAAGGCCUGUGGGCCAUUCACCAACUUCAACACUACCUGGGAGAUCAUUCCCAAGACGGUGAGCACCUUCCCCAGCCUGCUCCAGUCCCUGAUCCAUGGGCUCACCUCGGAGGCCUUCGCGGUACCCUUCUUCAUGAUCAUCUGCCUCAUCAUGUUUUACUUCAUCGCCCUGGCGGGAGCACACAAACAGGUGGUCAACCAGCUCCGCGAGCAGCUAAUGCUGGAAAGCCGUGAUAAGCAUUACCUAAUCCAGAAGCUAACAGAAGCGCAAAAGGAUGUGAGGAGCAGACUAGACUGA